UCCCUAGGAGUCCUGCCGCUUUAAAUCCGUGAGACUCGGGAGACCACGGAGCACGCCGUUGCCCAGGGAGACAGACCGGGACAGAGACGCCGGUGCCCAGGACCGAACCCGCCCACAGAACGGCCGCGACAACGCCGGCCCUGACCGCGCUACGCGCCCGCCAUGGCCGACUUGCCUCCGCGUCGCAGCCUUGGAGAGCCCGAGAAAAAGAAGGAGGAGCAGAAGGAGUCGGAGCCGGGACUCGAGCCCGAGGCGGUGGAGGACCAGGACAAGGCGCCGACGCGCUGGGGGGUCCCCGUGCGGCUCGGCGAUGCGGAGCUCUGGAGUGUCAUGGGCAGCGACUACGCGGAAAGCGACGAGGACCUGCUCCAGUUUCGUCCCCGCUUGACCAGCGUGGUCAGCCCCAGCCUGAGCCCCACCCCGAUGCCCAGCGAGACAUCGAGCUCGACCGGGAGCCUGAAGCCGAGCCUGAGCCCUCCCUCCACCAGCUCCAGCCGUAGAAGUUUUCCUAAAAUAUUUCAGACAUUUAGAAAAGACACGUCUGAAACAAAUUUACAUAGUGUCUUUUCAGGAGUUCCAACAUCAGUCCAAACAGAAGAAAGCUGGCUGCAAGCCUUGGCUAGUAAGAAGCUUCUAAUGAAGAAAACAACCCCUACAAUAACAGAAGCUGAGCCUGAAUACCUGGCUUCUAAGUUAAGAGAAAAAUGGGUAGUUAAUCCAGGAGAGUCAAAACUAAACGUAUUAUGCGAGCUGGAGUUUAAGGAAGACUUCGUAGCACUAUUUGAGCCUUCCCUAAGAACAUUACCCUGCAUUGGGCCACCGUCCAUUCUGGCUUACAAAAAAGAGAGCUCCAAUUUAGGCAUUAACUUCAAGGAUGAAGAAGAGGACACGUUGCCUGAAUGUGAAUUUUGUGGCAGUGAUCUAAGAGCAUUUCUUUCCAAUAUGGACAUUUACUGUGACUAUGAGACCUCUGAACUGUUAGGAAAAGCCUCCUGUUGUACUGAUUUCCAAAAUCUGGUUGAAUAUAUCAAUGAGGAAGAAAAAAAAACCAAGAGUUCUAAACCAGAAUUAAUUAGCAUUGUCCCGCAUGCAGCCCAUGGCAGCGAAGCUGACAGACUCAAGGCCAAGGAAAAAGCCCUGCAAAGAAAACAGGAGCGACAAAUGGCCAAGCGUCUUGCAAUCAUGCCGAUAGAACCGACUAAUUUUUUUGAAGAAGAUCCAAGGCAUUUGAAAACAAUUUCUUACCAACUUUCUGUGGAAGUUCCAGAAAAAGAGAUCAUUGAGGAGAAUAUAUUUGAUGUUCUACUAAACAACAGUAAUGUAUCAAUUAGUUGUUGUGAUUCUAGAAUAGCAGGUGGAAAGGUUGUGAGGGACGAGCUCUUAGAGAAGAACUACAAGCACGGGGGAAAGUUUCUGACUUCCUUUCCGGACGGGACGAUGCAAAUAUUCUAUCCAUCUGGAAACCUAGCCAUCCUGCGCAUGCCCAACAAGAUAAAUGGUUUCCUUUGCAUAGUCCAAGAAGAUACGCCCACUAACCCUGCCAUCCGGGCGGUGCUGGAUUCCUCUGGCCGGAGUUCCUGCUACCAUCCCAAUGGAAAUGUCUGGGUGUACAUCAAUAUCUUCGGAGGUCAAUAUUCAGAUCAAGAUGGCAACAGAGUCAGGGCGUGGAACUGGUCAAGUUCUGUCACUUCCUUAGCCUUCAUUUCCUUUAAACCCGUCUUUCUGGCUUUGAACCAUUAUGUCAGUGUUCGGAUCUUAGAACAAGACAAGAUUUCCAUCACUUUUCUAGCAAUGGGCCAACAGGCAAGAAUCAGUGUUGGAACCAAAGUGCAGCUACCAAACCCUGAGGAGAUUCCGGUCCUUCGGUACCUGAGUGAAGAUGACCUUCUGUUGCUGGCCACCUUAAUCAAGAUCCGACGGCUGUUCCAUAAACUGGAAGGGUGUAUGAGUUUCCCCUCAAGCCAGGCUUGGGAAAAAUUAAAGCAACCUUCCUACCUUUCUUCACUUUCCCUAAAACUAAUUGCCCUCUGUCACAAUUCUGGCCUAAAGAAAAAUAUCAUGACAACAAUAAAUAAGAUAAUAAAUGAAAACAUUUAA